CAGAACUGGAACUGGAAGAGAAAAUAUAAGGUAGGAUACGAUGUCACCAAUCCCAGAAUGCAUCUACCCGCCUUUUGAGGUCGAGAUCGAGGGGAAUGCAGAGUGGUUUGUGGAAGAGGAGGCGAGUCUGGUCCCCAUCCCAGACAGCCCCGUUCCUACCCUCCCUGCGAGUCCAGUAGUUGAGAAGGCGGAUAGGGAUGUAGACGUAGACACCCGCCCGAUUCCCGUUCAAGACACCCCUAUGGAGGCGGAAGCAGAAGCAGAACCACAUAUCCCGGACUACGAGGAUGAAAACGGAGACGUGUACACGCACAGCAAUGCAGAUGAAGAAUGGGACACGCCCUUCCCCGCUCCACCUCUCCCUCUAACCCCUCCCUCACCACUCUGCAUAGAACUCAUCGCAAUCCAAAUCCAAGACACCCCACCCACAGUGCAGACCAAAUACGAAGACACCACCCCUUUCUCGCCGCCACCCACGUCUUCCCUACUCUCAGUCCCAUCCUGGUCUACGAGCGAUUCUGCAUCUCCACCACCUUCCCCUACUCAUCUAGCUGUGGACUGCACGCCCACGCUUCCUCCUACUGUGGCUUUCUGCUCGGCUAUGUCUACGCCUACGUUGACUGUGGGUGUGAAGAAGCCUGUGGGUGGGAAAAUUGCGGCGUUGAUUGGGAAGAUGGGACUGCAGUGAUGGGUUCUAGGAUGUUUGGGCUUUGGUGGGGGUUGUUAUGUUUAGUUUUGUUCUUGUAGUUUGUAGAAUGGAGUGUGUUUUUGGAAUUUGAUCUUGAUUUCUUGGCUUGUAUAAUGCUUGUGAGUGCGAUGUUGGUGGUUAGUAAAAC